AUGGAUAUUCACUGCAAAGCAGACCCCUUUACAGCUAUGCACCUAUCCCACGUAGGGCACGGAGGUGUGAACCAGCUCGGCGGGGUGUUUGUGAACGGCAGACCCCUCCCGGACGUGGUGAGGCAGCGGAUAGUGGAGCUGGCCCACCAGGGCGUGCGGCCCUGCGACAUCUCCAGGCAGCUGCGGGUCAGCCACGGCUGCGUCAGCAAGAUCCUGGGCAGAUACUACGAGACUGGCAGCAUCAAACCAGGUGUGAUCGGUGGGUCUAAACCCAAAGUGGCCACGCCAAAGGUGGUGGAAAAAAUCGCAGACUACAAGAGGCAAAACCCAACCAUGUUUGCGUGGGAGAUCAGAGACAGACUGCUGGCAGAGGGCAUCUGCGACAACGACACUGUUCCCAGCGUCUCAUCCAUUAACAGGAUCAUCCGAACAAAAGUCCAGCAGCCUUUCCACCCAUCGCCUGACGGGACAUCCCUGUCGACACCAGGCCAUACUAUAGUACCAAGCACAGCCUCUCCGCCUGUAACCAGCGCCUCCAAUGACCCUGCAGGAUCCUACUCCAUCAAUGGGAUUCUGGGUAUUCCACGAUCCAAUGGCGAAAAGAGGAAAAGAGAAGAAGAUGGUUCAGAUGGUUCUGGCCCAAACAGUGAUUCUCAGGGUAGUGUGGAGAGUUUACGGAAACACCUUAGGGCAGAUGCCUUCACCCAGCAGCAGCUGGAAGCGCUGGACCGGGUCUUUGAACGCCCCUCGUACCCUGACGUCUUCCCCACAUCGGAGCAUAUCAAACCCGAACAGGCUAAUGAGUACUCGCUCCCUGCCCUGAAUUCCAGCCUGGACGAAGUCAAACCCAGUUUAUCCUCUAGCGCCAACCCAGACCUGGGCCCCAGUGUGUCGCAAAGCUACCCUGUAGGUCGAGAUAUGGCCAACACAACCUUACCUGGGUAUCCCCCUCAUGUUCCCCCCACAGGCCAGGGCAGCUACCCAACCUCCACGCUCGCUGGAAUGGUUCCUGGGAGUGAGUUUUCGGGGAACCCCUACAGUCAUCCGCAGUACACAACCUACAAUGAAGCCUGGCGAUUCAGCAACCCAGCAUUACUAAUGCCGCAUCGAGAGGCUCCGCCCCUCCCACUGCUGCCACUGCCUAUGACCGUCACUAGUUACCAUGGAAACCAAAUCAACCUGCAGGACCAUGGCCUUAGCCUCCAUAUUGCCCCGGUGUGA